AUGAGUUCAUUCAAGAAGCGCGUCCCCUCCGCGCAAGCAACUCUCCCCGCGGGGUGCCGCCUCUCCGCCUACAACGGCCAAGUCCUCAUCUCCACCGGCGUCCCUUCCCUCGACGACAUCCUCGGCGGUGGUCUUCCCCUCGGCACCAUCCUCCUCAUCCAAGAAGACCGUCAAACUUCCUAUGGCCAAUUACUGUUGAAGUACUUUUUAAGGCAGGGUAUUGUUGCGGGGGACAAGUGUUUGGUGGUUAGUGGAGAUGAGAGUCCAGAGGCGAUUGUGAGGUCGUUGAUGGGGAUUGCAGGCGAGGAGAGUUUGGAGAGUCAGGUUCAGAGUGGAGUUGAUAAUCGCGAUGAUGAGGAUGAGGCGAGACGGGAGAGGAGGAAGAAGGCUGCUGCUGCAGGUGGUGCGGAGGAUGAGGAUUCAGAGCAGGAUAGGCUUACGAUUGCGUGGAGGUAUAGUGGGCUCAAGAAGUUUGAAAGUGGAGUCGGGGUUCGUCCCCCAGGUAAGAGCUUUGGAGCCGGUGCGAUUUCUUCUCGCGUCAACAAGACAGGAUCGACAACUGAACCAGCACUCACACCCAGCCAGAUCCCGUUCUGCGAGCAAUUCGAUCUCACGACCAGGAUAUCCGCCAAGGCACUGGAAUCGGCUGACACCACACUGGUCGACUCGGGAGAGCUGCAAAAGGGUGUCCAGACUGGUGAUAGCGAUUUGGAGGAUGAUAGCGACGAUGACUUUUCUACCAGUGGAUCGGCGUCAGCGGCAGGAAAGAAUCAGCCCGAUCUGUACAGAAACGUGUUGGACAAGAUCAGGGAGACGUUGAUCCAGGGAGGGUUCAGCACGACGUUGUUGAAGGAUCCCUCGGCACCUGCACCUGCACCUGGGGCUGCUGGAUUGGCCGAGCGACAUAUUUGCAGAAUUGGUAUCAAUUCUAUCGCAUCCCCCAGUUGGAGGAGCAAAACCCCACAUGACUUGUACAAGUUUUUGCAUGCGCUGCGUGGAUUGUUGCGGUUCAGUUUCGGCGCGGCUGUGAUCACGAUCCCAGCUCAUCUGUACGGAACUAUCGACCAGAGACACGCCACAGACGGAUCGACCACAUCCCCUUACAUCCACCGCCUGGAACAACUCUGCGACGCGUCAGUCAGGAUCGAGUCCUUUGCGGGCGCACAGACGAACGCUUCCUCAGCAGCGUCGGCAUACCACGGACUCUUCCAUGUCCACAAAGUUCCUGUCCUGAACGCCCUUAUCCCUUCGUCCACAAAACUGUCGGUGCUGCUGGAUGGCGCAGCCAAGGGAUCUGGGGGACCUGGGCAAUCGGGCAGCGGUGGGUCGAGUAAAGGUGUCAAUAACUUGGGAUUCAAGGUACGGAGGAAGCGGUUUGCGAUUGAGACGUUCCAUUUGCCGCCUGAGGGUGGUGUAGGGCAGAGACGGACUUCUGCGGAACCUUCGUCUAGUUCUUCGUCUUCAUUGUCGGAGCGCAAGAAAUCCUCAUCCACAAAGUCAUCCAACCCAGGACCUGCGACUGGAUCGUUCAAGAAGGCUGACUCGUCAGAGGAAGGAUCGGUACAGUCAAGGGCGCGGUCUUUGGGAGGCAGCAGUUUCAAUAAGCCUAGCGGACAAGUUGAUGUGCACUCGGUCCCUGGCGCGAGUGGGAUGGCGCGCAAGAUGAUGGGGUUGCCUCCAAAGGGGAUCCAGGGUGCUGUUGCGUCCGGCUGCAGUACUGGUGGAUCUGAGGCUGGUCAUAAGCAUAACCAUGGCGGUGCUGGUUCUGGAGCCAACAGCAGCCUUCUUGACUUUUAG